AGUCAGGUGUUCCCGUUCGGGAGUUGACGGGCUGAUAUUUAGUUAACUUCCAAAAGUCACAUUUAUCCUUUAGGAUCGUGUUUUUAUUAUGUAAAUAUUUUAAGUUUUUAAAUAAAGUAAAUAUAUUUACGUGAUGUACUUAAGCGAGGAUUAAAUCAAAAGGUUUUUUAGCCAAACGAGUCAAAUAUUAGAAAUUUUAUUAUAGAAAGCCGCUAUUUGUGAGUGGUAAGGUGAUUACAACAUUCCAAGAAGAUGUCUGCGUCGGCGAUUUAUAUUUUGGACGUUAAAGGGAAAGUGCUUAUAUCGAGGAAUUACAGAGGUGACAUUGAUAUGGGAGUUAUAGAAAAGUUUAUGCCUUUGUUGAUGGAAAAAGAAGAAGAAGGUCUCGUUACGCCUCUCAUUCAAACGACGGAAUGCACUUUCGCCUUCAUCAAGUACAACAAUCUUUACAUAGUGUCGACGACGAAGAAAAACGCCAAUAUUGCUUUGGUAUUUGUUUUCCUUCACAAGAUAGUACAAGUCAUGACGGAGUAUUUCAAAGAAAUCGAAGAGGAGAGCAUAAGAGACAAUUUCGUUGUGAUAUACGAGCUUUUGGACGAGCUGCUCGACUUCGGCUAUCCGCAGACUACUGACAGUAAGAUACUGCAAGAGUAUAUAACCCAGGAAGGUCAUAAGCUUGAGAUACAGCCGAGGAUCCCGAUGGCUGUGACAAACGCAGUAUCUUGGCGUUCUGAAGGAAUCAAGUACCGCAAAAACGAGGUGUUUCUUGAUGUGAUCGAGUCCGUAAACCUCUUGGCCAAUGCUAACGGUAACGUAUUGAGAAGUGAAAUAGUCGGAGCUAUAAAAAUGAGGGUUUACCUUUCCGGAAUGCCAGAGUUGAGGCUGGGAUUGAAUGAUAAAGUUCUGUUUGAGAGUACGGGGAGAGGUAAAUCGAAAUCAGUCGAACUCGAAGAUGUCAAAUUUCACCAGUGCGUGAGACUGUCUAGGUUCGAGAACGACAGGACCAUCUCGUUCAUCCCUCCCGAUGGUGAAUUCGAAUUGAUGUCUUACAGGCUUAACACCCAUGUUAAGCCACUCAUCUGGAUUGAAUCAGUUAUAGAACGCUACGCCCAUAGCAGGGUUGAGUACAUGAUUAAAGCCAAAUCUCAGUUCAAACGCAGAUCUACGGCGAACAAUGUUGAAGUCGUCAUUCCAGUCCCCGCCGAUGCCGAUUCCCCUAAGUUCAAAACGACAGUAGGUAGUGUAAAGUAUGCCCCUGAACAAAACGCAAUUACUUGGAUGAUCAAGUCGUUCCCAGGUGGGAAGGAAUAUCUCAUGAGGGCGCAUUUCGGCCUUCCCAGUGUCAUAUGUGAAGACACAGAAGGCAAACCUCCCAUACAAGUUAAAUUUGAAAUCCCUUAUUUCACUACAUCCGGAAUACAAGUACGUUAUCUGAAAAUUAUUGAAAAAAGCGGCUACCAGGCAUUACCAUGGGUACGGUAUAUUACACAAAAUGGUGACUACCAACUCCGCACCAACUAAAUUAGUGUCAUCAUACAAAUGUAUAUUUUAUUUAAUAUUCCACAAUAAACAGAAUUCUAUCUUAUUAUAUAAAAAAA